AUGCAAAUAAUCAACAACAAACGAUACCUCCUGGCAAACCACAUCGCCUCAGAACUACCUCCAGAGCGACAAGCUCCUCUCUUCAUCCGAAAAGACAUGGACAAAGUAGGCGCCAUGAUCAAACUUUCGAAGCGCAUAAGUUCAACCGCCUCCGCGGACACAGAAAGCAUGAAGAUGACUGGUGAACACCUUACCAAAGCCCCACCGGAGCGUCUCUUAGAGGACGAAAGGGAAUAUUCUCCAAGAACACCGAAACUGCUGGGCUAUGGUGGACCGGAACAGUCCCCAGAAGACGAAUAUAAGGGCGGAUAUAUCCACACCUUCGCCAUGGCGGGAAUGCCCGUGGGCGGGUGA